GGUCAAGUUGGUCCAGCCGACUUUGUUGAACUCUGACCCAAAAGAGCAGGAAAUGAAGCAUUAUAAAUUAUCUUGUAAAAGAUGCCAUUCUGAGCAGUACUUUAUAGUUUAGAUCCCGAUCACAUAUAUACAAUGGGGAGAAACUCGACCUUGUUUUGCAGAGAAGAAGAAAGGGACGCUCUGAUCAAAAUCCUACAAAGUCUUUCAGACCCGCUUGGGUUGCUCUUGUCGUGGAAGGGGAAAGAUUGCUGUAAGUGGCAAGGAAUCAGCUGCAACGCAGCCACCAGACACGUGGUCCGGCUUGAACUACUCCCUCGCUUGGAAAACCGGUCGGAUGGCUCUAUUCCUGUGCCUGACCAUCCGUUCUACGCGGUUAGGUUGAGCAGCUACCUCCUCAACUUGAAACACUUGAACCACCUCGAUCUUACUGGGAUCAAUGUAGAUGAGAAUUGCGCCAUCCCUGAUUUCAUCGGUUCGAUGAAACAGAUAAGGUACCUCAACCUUUCCAACAUGGGUUUUCACGGAACUGUUCCUUCCCAUUUGGGUAACCUCACGAAUUUGGAAGUCCUUGAUCUUCGGAAUUCUCCACAAAGUUGUCCGACGUUCUUUAAUUAUGUAUCUAGCGGGGAUGAUCUUCAAUGGGUUUCCCGUCUCGUGGCAUUGAAGCACCUCGAUAUAAGUGGAGUAGAUCUUUCAAAAGUGCACAAUCUGAUGCAAGUACUCAGCAUGCUUCCUUCUUUGUCACGUUUAUCUCUGUCGUGCUGCAGGCUCGAUAAUUUUCAUCUAUCUCCUGGUCGAGGUCUCAAUUCUAGUUUUCUCUCAAAUCUUCGCUACCUAGAUCUUUCCAACAAUUACCUUGAUCUAUCCAGCCCAUUCCAAAACUUGACUUCUCUCAAUUACCUUGAUCUUUCGUACAAUUCUUUCAACUCUCUUGGAAGCCACUUCCUGUCUGGUCCCAAUCUUGAACACCUAGAUAUCUCGAGAAACCAAUUUCGAGGUCAAAUACCCAGGGCUCUCCAGAAUAUGACUUCCCUCACUUACCUCGAUCUGUCAAACAAUGGUUUCUCUUCGGUUCCGAUGUGGUUCAGCGGCUUGAAAUGCCUCAUCCAUAUGGAUAUAUCCGGGAACCCGUUGGGGCAGACCGUGGGAGGAUUGUCACUUUUAUUGAGAGAUAAAUGCAACCUGAGGUUUCUCAAUUUGGAUGGCGUUCUCUUGCAAGGACAAAUUAUUGGGAAGUCUAGCGGGUUCUGUGCACCGAACCUUGAGUCAUUAAGUGCAGGUGGCAACUUGUUCGAAGGAAAAUUGCCUGACCAGUUAGGAAAUCUGGAAAAUCUGAAAUAUUUGACGCUGUCCAGGAAUUUCUUCAAUGGUUCCAUUCCAGAUAGUUGGGGAAAACUUCGUAGCUUGUUAAAAUUGGAUCUUUCUUCCAACUUCUUGUAUGGGGCCAUCCCGUGGUGGUUGGGCCAAUUACAGUCCCUACAGUCAUUGGAUGUUCGGGAUAAUGAUUUUAGCGGCACAAUCUCGGAGAGUCUUGGACAACUUUCAGACCUUCAAUAUUUAGAUUUCUCGGGUAAUUCAUUGGAAGGCUCGGUUUCUGAAGUUCAUUUGGCGAAUCUUUCAAGGUUGGAAUCUCUAGACCUUAGCAACAACCAUUUGACUGUGAAGAUCAAGUCUGACUGGGUACUUCCAUUCCACCUCACAUACAUAGCCAUGCGAUCUUGCAAAUUUGAUACCCGACUUCCGCAAUGGUUACGGACUCAAAAGAAUGCCGGUGAAAUAAUUCUCUCAAAUGCAUCCAUUUCAGGCGAAUUACCAGAAUGGCUUGGUAAUUGGAUUGUGUUCAUUCUAGAUCUGUCGCACAACCAAAUCACGGGACCAUUAUCAAAAUUGUCCAGAUUCAUCGGAUAUUCAUUAGAUCUAUCACAUAACCAAAUUUCAGGUCAGAUUCCAGCUACUUUUGGAAACAUCUCUGUGCAGUCAUCUUUGUUUCUCAAUGAUAACCUCAUAACUGGUCCAAUACCGGCGUCAUUAUGUGAGUACGAAGGUUUAGAAUUAGAUCUUUCGGGAAACAAACUGUCUGGCAAUAUUCCUGACUGUUGGAACAAGUCUAGUGCACCCUUACACAUGAACAAAAUAAAUUUGUCAUCCAACAACUUGUCAGGCCUUAUUUCAAGUUCAAUGGGGAAACUCUCCUCGCUUUUAUCCCUGCACUUGAACGACAACAAUCUCCGCGGAGAGCUUCCAACAGCCUUGAGGUUUCUCACUAAUUUGGUAUUUUUAGAUCUAGGGGAGAACAAUCUCUCUGGAUAUCUACCUUCGUGGAUCGCGGAGGACCUUCAGUCACUGAAAGUUCUGAAAUUGCGGAAUAAUCAUUUCAACGGCAGCAUUCCGUUGAAGUUCUGCUCACUCUCUCAGUUGAAGUGGCUGGAUCUGGCGUCAAACCGUUUGUCAGGAACUAUUCCUACUUGUUUUGGCUACUUACGGGGCAUGACUUGGGUAUCCUACACCCACCCAGGUAACUCCUCUGCCAUUGCUGAGACUCCAACGGUCGUGGAUAAAGCUCCAACAGCAGGGAUCAUGAAGGGAAAUGAACUCGAAUAUAUCACCACGGACAUACAAUCCGUUUCAGCUAUGGACCUCUCAGGAAAUAACUUGGAGGGAUCGAUCCCGAAGGAACUGGCAUCUCUCAUGGGACUGCGCAGUUUGAACCUUUCGCAUAACCUUCUCUCAGGGAACAUCCCGCAGAACAUUGGGGACUUGAAGGUGGUGGAGUCUCUCGAUGUCUCAAACAACCGUCUCUCGGGGCACAUUCCCUUGAGCAUUUCCAAUUUAACGUUCCUGGCCCGCCUUGAUUUUUCAAACAACAACUUUAGUGGGAGACCUCCUAAAGGCAAUCAACUGGAUACGCUUUAUACAGAUAAUCCUUUCAUGUAUGCUGGCAAUCCCCAGCUCUGCGGGGAUCCACUGCCAAACAGAUGCCCAGGUGACAAAGUGCCAGAACCUCCAAAUACUCCGGGUGAAGGAGAAGAGGGGAAAGAAUCAGAUUCUUCGGAGAGGAUAGUCUUUUAUGGAGUAGUAGCAACUGGGUUUGCUACUGGGUUUUGGGGAGUAAUUGGAAUUCUAAUAUUCAAGAAGAAUUGGAGAGUCACCUUCUUUAGGUUUGUUGAGAAGCGCAUGGAUGGGGCUUAUGUGGCUAUCAUGGUGAAGGUUGCCAAGUUAAAGAGAAGAAUGAGAAGAACUUGAGCGAAUAGAAGCCAUUGGCUUAACUAUCUUCCGUUCGCUCUUUUCUCGUAUUUUCAUCUUUUCCCUUCAUCUGUUUCAAUUCCAGGUUGUACUCCUUUCCGGCAUUUUAAUUUCCUUUAAACUGUGUACUUUGUUCAAUAGCAUGGCCUGACUUAAGUUCAGCGGAUAUAAUUGAUAUGCAUACAUUGUACUGCCUUUCCAUUUCACUGUUAUCAUCUCAUAUAUUCGUUGCUCGUGUCUACCGGAGCCAGAGAAAAGAUUUUCCUUUCAGAGGAAAUACAGCAUUCAAAUGACUCUGCUAUUGUGGAACUCACAUGUACCUUGCUUCCAGCUCGUCCGCAUACAAACUCAGGAGAGUCAACACUCUAUGGUCGAUUCAGUAUAUUGGUUUGAAAAGUAAUGGUCUAUGAAUGCAAUUCAUAUCAUUAUACGAA